AUGACUCAAUCCCGUCGUUCUCCUUCUUCUCCUCAUAAACAGAAAUCAUCUCGUCCUAUACUCCAUCGUCGAGGUACCUCUGGUGCCAAUCUCUCCAUUUCAAAAUUAGGCUCUGUUUUCUCAAUUUCUGGUGAGUUUUUUCCAUUUCUGAUCUCUUAUCUUGGCCCCAAAACAUCCUUCACUCCUUACUCAUACAUACCAUUACUUGUUAAUACUGACUUUCUGAUUAGUGCUAUGUGUGAGAGACAGAUUACUGUCCCUAAUAAUUCAAUCCUAUACUGCUCUGAAAGCUGCCGCCGUAAAGACUCUUGCAAACCGCUCUCGGCUUCUCUACCCUCAAUUUCCAAAAUGUCUACCAUCUCAACCACUCCUCCCACAUCUCCUCCCCUCUCCCCACGCACAAUCGUCGCUCCAAUGACCCCGACUAGGGGUCUUGGCCACUCUGUCCCAUCCAUCCGGAUACCAGGCUACACCCACCACGCCAAGACAGAUCUUGAUCCCACCGAGUGGAAGCCAGUUAUACGGCCGGGCCUCAUGACUUCGUCGUCUGUCGCAACCUCCGACGCCUGGAACUACCUCUCCAAGUUCCACGGCGGCGCCGAGUCCCUGCUUCAUCGACCCACCUCCGUCCGCAGCAACAGUCUGCCCGUGCUUGCUGGCCAUGGCGACGCACACGUGCCCUCGCUGACCCACACCCCGGGCCCGUCCACCGUUGCCUCCUCGUGCAGCAGCACUGCCUCCGAUUACCUCGGCAACUACGAAGCUUCAUUCCAGCGCCCGUCUGCGCCGCGCUACAACCCUCCUUUCUAUAAUGCUGGUGCCAAAAGCGUUGAAUUUGUCGUUCCGCAUGUAGCUGAGCCUGAGAACGAGGUUUCGGAUGAUGUCCUCUUCGCUACUGCGGACUGGGAAGAUGCUCCUUCUCCGUACAAGAGUGCUCCUAUCAGCAUGAUGCGCCCUGUCGGUCGAUCUUAG